UUUUAGUUGACAUGUUUUCUCACUCUGUCGCUGUUACUCAACAUAAAUUCACAUCAAAAUAAAAUAAAACAGGAAGAUCGAAAUUGUGGCUUUUCAAAUUUUGGGUUAUUUGGAAGUGAUUCAUUCUGCAACUGGUUGCUGUGUUGUUGCAAUGGCCGAGGAGAAAGAUGCUUUCUAUGUUGUAAAGAAAAGGAAUGUUGUUGGCAUCUACAAGUCUUUCAGUGACAUUCAAGCGUUACUUACGUCUUCUGUAUCUAGUGACUCUCUAAGUAUUUACAAAGGGUAUUCUUUACCUAAGAAAACUGAGGAAUACCUUGUUGCACAUGGGCUUAAGGGAGCCCCCUAUUCUAUUAGUGCUGCUAAUGUGAAUGAGAGGCUAUUUGGAAGCCUUCAUGCUUGUCCUUAUCAGGAUCCAUAUUCUGCUGGAGGAAGAACUUUUGACGAGAGUUCCUCAUCAAGGAACUUGCAAGGAGCUAUUCAGCCUGACACUAGCAAGCUAGCUGGAUCAUCUUCAUUCCCAACAAAUUCACAGCCAGAUCAUGCACUAGGUGGAUCCCAAGCAGAGUUGUCUACUUGUUUGUCAUGCACCCUUCAUUUUGAUGGUGCUUCCAAAGGAAAUCCUGGCCCAGCUGGUGCAGGAGCUGUACUACGUGAUGGGAACAAGAUCUAUCGAUUGCGCGAAGGAGUGGGAACUCAAACAAAUAAUGUUGCUGAAUAUCGAAGUUUAAUACUAGGAUUGAAAUAUGCCCUGAAGAAAGGAUAUAAGCACAUUGUUGUCCAGGGAGACUCUCUUCUUGUCUGCAACCAGAUUCAAGGUUUAUGGAAAAUCAAACACCCGAAUAUGGCUUCCUUGUGUAGUGAGGCCAAGGAGUUGAAGAACAAGUUUCUGUCAUUCAAGAUCAGUCAUGUUGCUAGGGAAUAUAACUCUGAAGCUGAUGCUCAAGCAAACCUGGCCAUAAAUCUCAAAGAUGGUGAAGUUCAAGAAGACUGCAAAUCACUUUAAUGCUUGACUUUGUUUGCUCUCAGCUGGUUAAAACUAGGGUGCAUUCUAGCUGUAGCUGACCUUUUUUUGUACAGAGGCAUUCUAGCCUCAUAUAAUGUAAUAACAUAUUGUAAGUAAAUUUUUCGCAUUUUGUGGUUGAGACUGAUUAUUUUGUCUUAAUUCACCUGUUUUAACUAAUAACACGUCCAUAGUGUUUACUAUCAUCGGAAAAUGUUAGUUUAUUGUUCCUUAUGUGACAUUGGAAUCCAUGACUUAUGUUUUCCUUC